AUGGCUCGAGGUGUACGCAAUAAGGCCCAACUGGGAACCUACUACCGGACUGCAACAGGUCCUCGAACUGUCCCAUUAACAGACCCUCAAGGUCGUCAUCUCCGAUGGCCGAUAGAUAUUGGGGACAUUCACGUUUACUCAAGGGAUGCUGAAUCUGUCAUCUUUUUACCAAGCUCCAGAUUUUGGGUCGAGAAUCAGGCCGACGACCCGAAUGCUUUGUGGCGAGAAGACACAGAAGCUUUCGACUGCUUCAAAACAUCUUACGCUUACAACAUGAUUGGCGAAGAGCAUCCCAGAAUCGUUCCUGUCAUCGGUCAAGAUGCCUGGACUGGUCUUCCUAUCCUCAAGAAGCCGUCUUAUGGCUCUCUUUGGACAUUUAUUCAGAACUAUGGCUCUCAAGUGUACACGACUCAAGCAGAUGCUGCACCUCCAACGUCCCGGAUCAAGCGAGAGUUCCGACCUCUGGCCUACCAGUGGAGCUUGCAACUACUAUCUGGCCUCUCAUUGAUACACUCUCGAGGUAUUGCUUACGGGGAGCUCAUCGAGACAAACUGCUGGAUCAGCGCAGGCUCUUUAUCCAUAUCGCUAGCAGGCUUCCUCGGGUCUGACUUUACGGACCCAAGCAAUGGUUGGAACUUCCCCGGCACUUUCUUCAGCGGUAUCGAGUUUUCGCCAGAAUACCUUCCCCUUUCGCGGGCGGUGGGAGUGCCAACGUCAAAAACCGACAUAUUCAUGUUUGGUAGGUUAGUAUAUCAGAUAAUGACUUCUGAACUGCCAGGUGAUGGAAUGGGAAGGAAUUGGGGCGUGACUGAACGCUUGAUGACCGAAGAGGACUGGAUGCCAGAUCUUGAAGAUGAGUUCAUGGGAAGGAUUCUUCAUAAAUGCUGGAAAUUUGGGUAUGAGGAUGUUGAAGAGCUUCAGAGUGAUGUACAAGCGUUUGUGGAAGGCCAAGGGUGGACUAUCAGAGGUGAUGAGAUUGAGGGUUUUGAUGCUGACAGCAUUCAUCGCCAACUCGAAGCCAAUUUUGUUCCAGAAGAUGAGGAGUAG